AUGAAAUUCCACAUCUUGACCGCCAUCACCAGUGCCAUUGCUGUCAUUCAAUGCGUUUUUGCUGCUCCUACUCAAACUACCAGUGAGGCUGCCACUAGCACCAAGACGUACUUGCCUCAAGUAUCUCCCAUCUUCCCAAGCAUGGCGCCUGCAACUGAUGUUGUCACUUCUUAUAAUGCUGGUCCUUAUAAUCUGAGUGCUGCUUUGCCUACUUACCAAUUGAGCGGCUUUCCUGAGGUGUGGCAAGUUCCUAAUGUUUCUCAUCCCGAAGUGGUUGCUGCUAUCAACCAAAUCAACUGGGAUCUUGUUCCUAAAGCUCCUGUCAGAUAUCAGAAUCCCAAGACUGGUCUCUUUGAGCCUGAUACUGACGGCCCUACUGAUCCUUACUGCUGGUGGUCUGAUACAAAUUGUCUUAAACCCAAGAUCCCCAUCCCUGAUGAUUACUACAAGUGUGAUCAACCUGACAUGUGGGGUCUUUCUUACGACGAUGGACCAUUCAAUCGUUACACUGGCAAGUACGCUUCUUUGGAGAACCCUUACGCUGAGCCUGCCUUGUACAAUUUCUUGGCCGAACACAACAAUCAAAAGGCUAAUUUGAUGUACAUUGGCUCCAAUGUCGUCUCUUACCCUGCUGCUGCAAAGAGAGGCUUCAACGAUGGCCAUUACCUGUGUGUUCAUACUUGGUCUCACCCACCCAUGACGACCAUGACCAACGAACAGGCAGUUGCUGAGUUCUACUGGACUCUCAAGGCCAUUAAACAAACAACUGGCGUGACCCCUAUGUGCUGGAGACCACCUCAAGGUGAUGUGGAUGAUCGUAUCCGUGCCAUUGCUUGGCAAAUGGGUCUUCAUACUGUCAUGUGGAAUUGGGAUUCUGAGGAUUGGGAUAUGCCAGCUCCUGGUGGUGGCGAUCUCCCUGUUUCGACUGUAAACGGCUACUUUGAGCAGUGGUACGCUGAUGGUAAGGCUCGUAACCUCACUGUUGGCCAUAUUGUCCUCGAGCAUGAAUUGAACAGUCAAACUGUUGGCAUGACAGAAAAAUGGUUGCCCAAGCUGCAAACCGUCUUUAAUGUCAUUCCUGCCUUGGCUUGCAACAAUGUAUCUCAACCUUACUGGGAAAAGCAAUUUGUUUAUCCUCUUGUCAACCAACCUGCUAAAAAUGGUACUUUGAAGUAUUAG